AUUUUCAAAACGUCAAUGAGCUGUACAUGGAAUCCUUCUCUAUGACCGUUACCUUAAACGCCAAUUUGUUAGAAGUUAAGGGUGGAAUGUUAUUUAUUGUUAUCCAUAGUAAUUAAAUGAAUUAUCACAGUAAACAAAUUAGAAAUCAAAUAACGUUAAAGAUAGAUAAGUUGUGAUUGAACACUAAUUUCCUAAAAUGGCGAAAAAGAAAUCAGAAGAGAAAAGUCAACAGCAGAAUGGGGAUGCUAAAAAUGAGAAGGAAGUCAAUUUUGACGAAGAACCCAAUUUCAGCGAUCCAGAAGGAUAUGUUGAUUCCAUAACUGAUGAAGAAUUACUAGGAGAUAUUUUGGAACAAAAACCAAAAGAAACCGAUGGUGUGGAGAGUGUUAUUGUCGUGGAUGGUGUUCCCCAAAUUGGUCCUGAACGUUUGGAAAAACUCAAGUCUGUUAUCAACAAGACUUUUGCUAAGAUUGGUAAUAUUGUUAACGAAUAUUAUCCGGUUACCGAACAAGGCCAUACUAAAGGUUACAUUUUCUUGGAGUACGUCUCUCCCCAACAUGCAGCUGAAGCCGUCAAGGUGAUGAACAACUAUAAGUUGGACAAGCAGCACACUUUCCAAGUGAAUUUGUUCACUGAUUUCUGCAAGUACGAGCAGAUACCCGAUGAAUGGUCUCCGCCAGAGCCACGUCCAUAUCAAGGACAAAGCGAUUUGUAUCAGUUCUUAUUGGAACCCGAUGCAUAUGAUCAGUUUGGCGUUGUGACCCAAGACAAUACUGUUCAGAUUUGGCAGAACACUCAGCCCGAACCAACAUUGGUGGAGGAAAGAACGAACUGUACCCAAGUGCUGAUCAAAUGGUCACCAUUAGGAACAUUUUUGUCUACCUUCCACCAGCGCGGUAUUGCUCUCUGGGCUGGACCGAAUUUGACACAGUACAAAAGGUUUUUACAUGAUGGAGUCCAAUUUAUCGAUUUUUCUCCAUGCGAAAAAUAUCUUAUUACUUGUUCUACUAUGCCAAUGGACCAUCAGGAUAAUAACAGAAUUAUUAUUUGGGAUAUAAGGACCGGACUGGAGAAGAGAUCUUUCAAUCCUGAGGGUUCUUCCACUUGGCCAAUCUUCAAAUGGUCGCAUGACGAUCGUUACUUUGGUCGCAUCGUUAACGAUGUUUUAUCCAUUUACGAAACACCCUCCUUUGGUUUAUUAGAUAAGAAAUCUAUCAAAAACCCUGGAAUUCGCGAUUUCAGCUGGUCUCCCACCGAUAACAUCCUCGCAUAUUGGGUUGCUGAAGAUAACAAUGUCCCAGCCAGUGUAACCCUUCUCCAGAUACCAGAAAGAAUCGAUAUCCGUAAGAAAAAUCUGUUCAAUGUUGCCGAUUGCAAGAUCCAUUGGCAGAAAGGUGGUGAUUACCUUUGUGUUAAAGUCGAUCGUUACACUAAGGUGAAGAAGGAGAGGAACGACACCAAGUAUUCCGGAACGUAUUGCAAUUUCGAAAUCUUCCAUAUGAAGGAAAAAGAGAUCCCCGUUGACAGUGUGGAGAACAAAGAGCCGAUACAGGCGUUUGCGUGGGAACCAAUCGGCAACAAGUUUGGCGUCAUUCACGGUGAAAAUCCCAACAUCAACGUUUCCUUCUACGAGGUACGCGCGGGUCAGGCGCCCGUCUUGCUGAAAAAGUUCGAGAAACGCGCGUGUAACCACCUCUUCUGGUCUCCACGUGGUCAAUUCGUCGUUUUAGCCGGCCUAGGUGCCAACGGUGGAGGAUCCUUGGAGUUCGUAGAUACGCACGACUUCUUGGUUAUGAAUACGACGGAUCACUUCCAAAUGUCAGAUGUCGAAUGGGAUCCCACCGGUAGAUACGUGGUCACAGGAGUGUCCCAUUGGAAAACAAAAGUCGAUACUGGUUAUUGGAUAUGGUCAUUCCAAGGCAAGAUCUUGAGGAGAGUUAACAUAGAAAAGUUUGGCUUACUCUUAUGGAGGCCCCGCCCUCAAAGUCUGUUGACUGAGGAAAAACAGAAGGAAAUUAAGAAGAAUUUGAAGCGUUAUUACGCUCAGUUUGAAAGCAAAGAUCGUAUGAGACAAUCUAAGGCUAGCAAGGAACUUAUUGAAAAACGUGCCUCUCUUAUGGACAAAUGGACUAACUACAGAGAAGAACGUGUUAGAUACUACAUGGAAGGCAAAGCACAUCGUCUAUCUCUUAGAAAUAAUAUUGACACUGAUGAAUUAGAUGCAGAUUCUGACAAUGUUGAGGAGGAAGUUGUGGAAUUUUUCAUAAAGGAAGAAGUAACGGUAUUGGAGUAAAUAUUAAGAGGAAGAACGUUUGUUCCUGCCAUUUGUGUCAUCAGUGGGUCAAGUGGUGGGGAUAUUUUAAAAUCAGACUUCACAUACUCCUUAGUGUUUGAAAUUUGAUUCCAGAUUCUCUUAUUAUAUUUAUAUCAUAGUACCAAUAAAUUUCAUCUGGUCAUCGAA